UUUUCUUUUUUUUCCUAACAGAUGCACCUCUACCCCUGUCAGCUCUGCAGCUUAUUGCUCCACCUUUACGCCUGAUGUCCGCAGCCAUGUGGAAGGUGAUGCUGCAGAGGGAUGCAGUGCAUUAUGGGAAACUGGAGGAGACCAUAACAUCACUCUGUGAGACUGUACCUGGGCUGCUCCAUUACAGACAUCAGGCCAGGCUGACAAUGGGUUUGCGGGCACUGAUGAUCUUGGAAGAGCUUUGUCAGUCAGAUCCUCCUGAUGCUCAGCUUAUCCUCCAGGAGCUGCACAAGCUGCAAGAUUCCUCCAUUCCCAUCGGAAAGAGGAAGGAUCAAAAGGUGGAAGAAGCUAAACGCAACUUCCAGACCCUGGUGAACUCUCUGCUGAAGAAUGAAGCAGCCAGAAAACAGUUUUUCAAGGAGGAAUUCCAUCUUCACUAUGGAGGAAACUAUGUGGCCAGUCUAGAAAAGCUAUUAUGGGAGUUUCUAAUUCGACUGGAUAAACUAUUACCUGUUCCAGAUCUUGCUCAGACAGUCUCAUGGCUCAGUGGUGCCCCUGCUGUUCUGGAGGAGUGUGCGCGCUCUGCAUCGCAGCCCCAGCUCCUCAGGACUCUGCUGCAGCAUGAAAGAUGCCUCGGGCACCUUGGCUCAGCAUCUCUUCUGUCAUCUACUGGUGAUGCGAUCCUCUCUUCCCUUUCCCUCCCUCUUUCGGGUAGAGUGCUGCAGACCAUCCAGUCAGAAUCCACUCGCUUAUCCAACAGGGUCACAAAUCCCGCCCCGUCAACACCCAGAACCACUCGCAGAACAGCGAAGGAAACCCAGUCACAGGUCGCACCUGUGAUUGGGUCCAUUUCCAAUGACACUCUCCAAAAAAACAACGAGAAGGUAGCAAGUUCAGGACAAGAAGUUGAAACAGCUUUUGAGAUAUCCAGAAAUACCAGAAGCAAACAAAGAUCAUGUUCUAAUAAAGAAAUUUUGGAGAAGGAUCCAGAAAAGGAGUAUUUUGUGGGGAAUAUGCUGGUCACAGUGAUCAGUCAGUCAUCUGGCAGUGAAGUAGAAGAAGAGGAGGUGGAGGAGGGCAGCAAAGAAGAAAUAAACAGUAGGAAGGGGAGUAGUGAGAGGGCAAACAAACUACCCAAAAAGACUGAAAUCAAGAACAGAAAUGGAAAAAGAGGGCAAGAUGAUACAAGGAAAUAUUCCACUAGGAGAAGCUCUGAGGACAUCGAGUCACAGCAGGAAGCAGAAAUGAGUGCUCUCCUCAUUUCCUGCAUGAAGCGCCAGCUGAGAGUUGUCAUUCCCAGAUUAAACGACAACGAUCUUCCUGUCUGUCUGAAUCAUUUAUCUUCUGAUGAGAAGGAAAACACAAAAGACAGUGUGGGAAACAGUGACUCUGUGAUGCGCAAGAGGAAAUUUAUUGAUUUGACGCCAACGCCGGAGAAACGCAUGACUUUAUCUGUCAAUAGACCAACUUCUACUUGCUCUCCGUGUAUUCCCCUUGUUUUGCAUCUUCCAGUCGGUAGUCCAGAUACCCCGUCUCCCUCAGUUAAGUCAUCAGAUGACAUCAUUGGUGAUUCUGAUGAUGAGAGAUCAGACAGUGUCAAGAGAAAGGUAUUCAGUCAGCAGUAUUGCAAAACAAAGAAUGGUACGUAUGUGCCCACACUGCGGGAGUUCUGGAAUCCUGUGUUUUGUUCCACAUUGUCUCCUGGAAGCAGACAUUGAUGCACUUUUGGAACGUUAUGCUUGCUUAAAGACUUUGAUGCUGCAGUGUUUGCUGUUAUAGAUAAUACAUGUAUUAGUCAUAAGUCUUAGAUUUUAUUUAAAAAAAAACAAGGUCUUUGCCAUGUAGUGCAUUUGCAACCAAGGAAACCUACCUGCUUUUAGGAAGUGCGCAUUAAUAAUUAUAAUCAUUUAUUUUAAUUGUAUUUAUCUGUAUCAUGUAGUAUUAUGUUGUUGUUACAUGUAAUAUUUAAAUAAAGAAUUGUGUUUACUGCUA